GGCUGCGCUGCGGGCCCUACAAGAUCCUGUUCAAGGAAGUGGUCUGGAGAGCAGUGUUGGGGAGCGGGAGAAAGGAACUGCCUCCCCUGCUUGCCGGGUCUGAGACAGGAACAACCUAGUAAAUUCGUUCGCCUGCUGCUGCUGCCGUUUUGCCUCCGUCACUGAGAUUUGGAAAGCCAAGGCCCAAAGACAAAUUUGGAGAACAGGAACUUUUGCAUGAACACGAAAGAACAACCUUUCCACACUGCCACAGCAGCAGCAGCCUCGGUUAGCCGGGAAGGAGCAAGAGGAGGAGGAGGCACAGAAGACGAGGAAGGGAAGAGUCCCGCUGCGCAUCGGUGACCACGCCAAGAACUUGGCCCUCUCUAUGGCAAGUCCCAGGCUGGACCAGUGCUGCUGAAGCCCCUCGGCGGGCCUGCCGGGGCUGGGGGGAGGGGAGGGGGUGCCGCUACCGCCACUGCUGCAGCAAGGUAGGGGAGGCUGGGGGGUGGGGGGGGUGGGACGGGGUGGAGGAGGAAGAGCAAGGAGGCAGCAGCUCCUGGCCCCCACCCCCGGGUGCAGCCGGUAGGUUUUAGGGCCUCGUGGUUGAGGACACCGUGGAACGCUAGGUUGGGGCCCAGAGUGCGAAAUGAGUCUCGUGGGAGGCUUCCCCCACCACCCGGUGGUGCACCAUGAGGGCUACCCCUUCGCCGCUGCUGCCGCCGCGGCUGCCGCGGCCGCCGCCAGCCGCUGUGGCCACGAGGAGAACCCCUACUUCCACGGCUGGCUCAUCAGUCACCCGGAGAUGUCCCCCCCUGACUACAGCAUGGCACUGUCCUAUAGCCCCGAAUAUGCUAACGGCGCUGCAGGACUCGACCACUCCCAUUACGGGGGAGUGCCACCCGGGAGCGGGCCUCCGGGCCUGGGGGGGCCCCGUCCGGUGAAGCGCCGGGGCACCGCCAACCGCAAAGAGAGGCGCAGGACUCAGAGCAUCAACAGCGCCUUCGCAGAACUGCGGGAAUGCAUCCCCAAUGUGCCUGCGGACACCAAGCUGUCCAAGAUCAAGACCCUCCGCCUGGCUACCAGCUACAUCGCCUACCUCAUGGACCUGCUGGCAAAGGACGACCAGAACGGGGAGGCGGAGGCCUUCAAGGCAGAAAUCAAGAAGACAGAUGUGAAGGAGGAAAAGAGGAAGAAGGAGCUGAAUGAAAUCUUGAAAAGCACAGUGAGCAGCAAUGAUAAGAAAACCAAAGGCAGGACGGGCUGGCCACAGCAUGUCUGGGCCCUGGAGCUCAAGCAGUGAAGAAAGAGAGAGGGAAAAAAGAGAGAAGAAAAAAAAGGAAGAGUCCCACCGCUGGACUUGAAUGAAGGACUCAAGGAAAACCUCUCCAGGAGGCUCUGCAGACAUCUGCUCCGAGAACUUUUUGUAUUUGGAAUCAGCCAGUUUAUUUAUGUGCAAUUUUCCUCCCCUUUCUCCUGUUCCCCCUUUUGAAGCACCCUAUCCCCAUCCCCUCCUUUAAAAAGUGGAUAUUUGAAGAAAAGCAUUCCAUAUUUUAAUAUGAAGAGGAAACUCCAGCGUGGUAAGGGGGUUCAAUCGUCUCAUAGGUUUGGAUUGUGUUGGGUUUUUGUUUUUGUUAUGUUUAUUUUUGUUUUGGGCUUUUUUUUUUAAGAGUGUGUGUCCGUGUGUGAAUGUUCCCUUUCAGCCUGUAUAGGACACUCAGCAUUGCAACUCAAGCAGCCCAGCUAAAAGACUCCUGACAUCAGUGUGUAUGUGAAGUGUAUCUUUAAUACUUGGCCUUUUGGAUAUAAAUAUUUCUGGGGAUGAUAAAGUUAUAUUUCAAAGCAAAAAUGGGGCCACUAAUGUUAUUCCGUUGGUGCGGUAUCUAGUGUUGCCAUUUUAUUAGUGGGCUUUCCUUAUUUGAAGAUGUUCCCAACAGCUACUUGUGUUGUGCACUUCCGUCCUCUAAAAAGAAUUAGUGGAGUUUAAUUAAUAUUGAAGGUGUAAACGUUGUAAGUAUUCAAUAAACCACUGUGUGUUUUUUUUUACAAAAAAAAUCUUACUAUGUUUUAUACCUCAAAGUGUUUUGAAAACAAAAUUGUUAUUCUUGUUUUCAUAGUAUUUAAAAUAUUCAGAAGUAAACUAAGUUAUAAA